CCCAAAGGGCGGGAACUCCCGCCGCAGGAGCAGCCAAUUGGGCAAGGUGCGGGGCAGGGGGGCGAUGGGCUGGGGCCGGGCGCUGCGGCGGGUGCUACGCUGCGGGGCGAUGGCGAGGAGCAUGUGCGCGCAGGCAGAGGACUGGCGCUCUGCCAAGGCCAUCUACGACUUUCAAGCACAAGAUAUCGAUGGCAACGAGGUGUCCUUGGAGAAAUACCGAGGCUUUGUCUGCAUCAUCACCAAUGUGGCCUCCAAAUGAGGGAAAACCGCUGUGAACUACACUCAGCUCGUCGACCUGCACGCCCGAUACGCUGAGAGGGGUUUACGCAUCCUGGGCUUUCCGUGCAACCAGUUUGGAAAGCAGGAACCCGGGACCAACGCUGAAAUUAAGGCAUUUGCUGAAAACUAUGGAGUUAAGUUUGAUAUGUACAGCAAGAUAGAUGUCAACGGGGAUGAUGCCCACCCGCUCUGGAAGUGGAUGAAGGAGCAGCCCAAGGGAAGAGGCACCCUGGGCAAUGCAAUAAAAUGGAACUUCACCAAGUUCCUCAUUAACCGGGAGGGCCAAGUGGUGAAGCGGUACAGUCCAAUGGAGGAUCCCUAUGUGAUCGAGAAGGACCUGCCUGCCCACCUGUAGACUUCAUCUUGCUCUGCACUGUCCCUGCACCUGGGCAUCGGCCUUCCUGCUGCCUGUGGAGCCUUCUUGCCAGCCCCAAUGAUGGUCUGCCUUCAAACCAGCCUGCUGGUGAGGCAGCCCUGAUGAUCUGGCGUGCACUGCUGGGAGAAGGCGUCACAGGGCCAGUGGCCGCUGCCAGGCAGCCUGGGAUCUGUUUUCCCCUUACAAUAAAAGUGUUAGACAUGAGCA